GUACUUUGCUUAGGAAUUUAGAUUCUGCUCUAAGCCACGUGAAUCAUCCCGUGAUCCUGCAACCACGUUCCAGGACUGGCUGGAACCGCAUCGGGCGCACGGAGGUGGAGAAAGCCCUGAGCGAACAUCCGGCGUGGCAGGAUCAGCUGUGAGGAGCAGCCAGGACCUGACUGGAAGGAGUUAAGGAGGACACAGAGGUCCUUGUGUCUGUCUGUUGGCACUAAUGCAGCUUGUCCUUUCCUUGCCUGACCAUUUCUGUGUUGGCCCUGAUGUGAUUGAAGUUCUGUGGAAGCUUCUCAUUAUAACUGCCUGCUUGGGAACCUGUGCCUUUCUCAUUUACCUGUGGAGAACCAUCCUCGCUGUAAAGCCUCGACAGUAUGAAGACCAAAUAAAGAGUAAUAUUAAUCAGGUGCAAAGGGAAAUCAAGGAAAUUGAAAAAACCAUAGCCAGUUGGGAGGAGAAGGAGAACAUCAGAAAGGUGGAGGUCAUCAAUGAAAAUUUGAAGGACACCCUUCGUCUUAAACAGGCUCUCUCAGAAGUUGUGAGAGCCAGAGAUAACCAGACUGUGGAUGUGGUCCAAGAUGAAUUGGAUGAUGAAGUGCUGAGAGCCGUCACAUGCAAAAACCAAGAACUGGAAGAGAGCGAAAGGUUCCUGGAAGACCGGUAUAAUGCCCUGAGUUCUCAGAAAACAGCUAAAGAAGCGGAAUUGAACCUGCUAAGGAAGAAAGUGGAUAUGAUGGUGGAGUUCAGUGAACAACAAAAACGGACUGCAGAAGAGAAGUUAGAAGAGACCAUUAAUGAACUGAAUGCAACCAGGAAUUAGCUGUCAGCUGCCAAAGAAAAGCUGAACGUGACCGAAGAUGAAAUGGAGAAGUAUAGACAACAAGUGGAAGACAUGGAGCACCAGCUGCCAGAGGCGGAGUUGACCUUCCAA